AUGCUUCCUAUUGGUAAACGACCCACAAUUUUGGAUAGGAACUUGAACAGAACAAGAAGCAGCGAAGUCAGCUUGUCCGCAUAUGCAUUUUUGUUUUCUGAGAUGCUACAGUAUGCACAGAAACGAGUAAAUGGAAUACAGGACCUGGAAAAAAAAUUGAGUGACUUUGGAUACCGAGUCGGAGUCCGUAUGCUAGAGUUUAUUCUUUGGCGAGAUCGUACAGCGAAACGAGAAACUCGGAUUCUUGGUGCACUCUACUUUAUCAACACUGCAGUUUGGAAAACAUUAUUUGGAAAACAGGCAGACUCUCUUGAGAAAGGCACAGAUAAUGAUGAUGAAUAUAUGAUUUCAGAUAAUGAGCCGCUAAUUACAAAGUAUAUAUCUGUACCAAGAGAAAUGUCGAGUCUGAAUUGUGGAGCAUUUACAGCUGGCGUUGUUGAAGCCAUUCUUGAUGGAUGCCAAUUUCCUGCUCGAGUCUCUGCUCAUUCUACAGGAAACGAUACUUUUCCUUCACGAACUACGAUUUUGAUCAAGUUUGAUAAAAAUGGCAAGUAUAAUGCCACGAAACUCGAUUUAUUAUGUCCAUAG